GGGAAUAAUACAUGUAAGAAAAAAUGGAAGUUUUGACCUUUUCUCCAGAGAUCCACUGCUUUUCAGAAUUACUUGAUGGCAGCGAUGGUGAUGAAGAAGAAAUACUAGUAUGUGGAGAAGACUUAGAGCUUAAUCCUUUUGAUGGCUUGCCCUACUCUUCCCGUUACUAUAAACUUAUGAAAGAAAGAGAAGAGCUUCCAGUAUGGAAAGAGAAAUAUGCUUUUAUGGAAAGUUUGCUUCAUAAUCAAAUUGUGAUUGUGUCAGGAGAUGCUAAGACUGGCAAGAGCUCCCAGGUUCCUCAGUGGUGUGCUGAGUACUGCCUUUCCAUGCACUACCAACACGGCGUAGUCGUGUGCACCCAGGUACACAAGCAGACUGCAGUGUGGCUGGCUCUGCGUGUAGCUGAUGAGAUGGAUGUCAAUGUUGGCCAUGAAGUGGGGUAUUCCAUUCCAUUUGAAAGCUGCUGUACAACAGAAACCAUCCUGAGAUACUGUACAGAUGACAUGCUACAAAGGGAAAUGAUGUCUGCUCCUCUUCUGACCUAUUAUGGUGUCGUCAUCUUGGAUGAUGUGCAUGAAAGAACCACUGCAACAGAUGCAUUACUCGGCCUUCUUAAAAAUGUCUUGAUAUUAAGACCAGAACUGAGGCUGGUAAUACUCACUGCACCUCACAUGUUGGGCAAACUGCUGAAUUAUUAUGGCAGCAUCCCCUUCAUACGAGUGGAAAACAAACACCGUGCAGAAGUUGUAUACUCCUGCAGCAUUCAGAACAACCACUUUCUGUCUGCACUGAGACUGCUCUUUGAGAUACACCACACAAAAGAGAAGGGCAACAUUGUGAUCUUCCUGGCCUGUGAACAAGACAUUGAAAAAGCUUACCAAAUGAUCAGACAGGAGCAGUCCAAUUUAAACCCUGACCUUGGAGAACUCAUUCCAGUUCCUUUAUACCCCACAAAACAAGAGCUUAUUCCCAAAGCCAACCAAGACAAACAGAAAUGCUGCCAGAAAUACAGAAGAAAAGUGCUACUCACCACAAGCUCUGGAGAAUCUUUGAUUUGGAUUAAAAAUGUAACCUUUGUUAUUGAUGUUGGUGUGGAGAGAAGAAAGGUGUACAAUCCUAGAAUCAGAGCAGACUCUGUUAUAACGCAGCCCAUCAGCAAAAGUCAAGCAGAGAUGCAUAAGCAAAUUCUGGGCGUGUCUUCAUCAGGAAAACUCUUCUGCUUGUAUCCUGAAGAGUUUACACACAAAGAAAUGAAAGAACAUCUGCCAGCCAAGAUACAGGAGUCAAACCUGACAAGCAUGGUUCUCUUCCUCAAGAGGAUGGAUAUAGCAGGCUUUGGACCCUGUGACUUCAUAACCAGGCCAGCCCCUGAAAGCCUGAUGCAGGCUUUGGAAGACCUUGAUUAUCUAGCAGCCCUGGAUAAUGAUGGAAACCUUUCUGAAUUUGGAAUUAUUAUGUCAGAAUUUCCCCUGGAUCCCCAACUGUCAAAGUCAAUUCUGGCUUCGUGUGAAUUUGAGUGCGUUGAUGAGAUGCUCACCAUCGCGGCCAUGGUAACAGCUCCUAAUUGCUUCUUACACUCACCUCCUGGAACAGAAGAGAUUGCUCUUACAUGCUGGAGAAAAUUCUCACACCCUGCAGGAGAUCACUUUACUCUUAUCAACAUCUUCAACGCCUUCAAAGAAGCCACUGCAAACUCUGCAAAUCAAUACUACAGUAAUGAGAAAUGGUGCCGUCAUUAUUUCCUAAGCUGCUCUGCACUGAAGAUGGCAGAAAUCAUCAGAGCUGAACUAGUGGAGAUUAUGAAGCGCAUUGAACUUCCCGUUUCAGAACCACACUUUGGAUCAAAAGAAAAUACUCUGAACAUUAAGAAAGCUCUUUUAUCUGGUUACUUUAUGCAUAUUGCUCGUGAUGUAGAUGGCUCAGGAAACUACUUAAUGUUAACACACAGACAAGUGGCCCAGCUUCAUCCUUUCUCAUCCUAUUACAACACCAGAAGAAUUCCUGAGUGGGUUUUAUUCCAUGAGUUUAAUAUAGCAGAAGACAAUUCCAUCAGGGUCGUCACCGAGAUAUCACCUGAUCUAUUCAUGGAGCUGGUACCUCAAUACUAUUUUAGCAAUCUUCCUCCUAGUGAAAAUAAGGAUAUUCUGCAGGAAGUGAUCAAUCACUUGUCACCCGUUUCAAGCAUGAAGGAGAAACAGAAAGCUAGCAAUGACAACAAGGAAAAUGAAAAACUUGCCCAGACUCCCACAGAACAAAGGUGUACCAUUCAGUGA